CUGUACUCUGUGUCUGUGAUAAUCAUAUUUCUGUUUCUGAUUCGAUUUUUAUAUUGAUAAUUUCUUCGAAGUGUUUAAUAGUACUAGAAGGUUGAUUUAUUAGAUACUGAUGGUCUGAUCAAUUUAGUUUUGAUAAUAGUGAAGUGGAAACUGUGAAAAUUAAUUUGUAAAACUGAUAGAUACGUCAUUAAGUAUUAGUAAUCAUACAGCAGAGUGUGGACUGUGGAGCAGAGCAGAGACGUCAGGCCCUUGUUUCAUACCAUCCAUUGUAUUGUAUUGUAUAGAUAGCUAAAGAAAUUGAACUCGUAGCACAAUGACGUCGGGACCUUAUAAUUACUCUUACAUUUUCAAAUAUAUCAUCAUUGGCGACAUGGGAGUUGGCAAAUCAUGUCUUCUACAUCAGUUUACAGAGAAAAAAUUUAUGGCUGACUGCCCACACACCAUUGGAGUAGAAUUUGGAACUCGCAUAAUUGAAGUUGCUGGUCAAAAAAUAAAACUGCAAAUUUGGGAUACAGCAGGACAAGAACGAUUCAGGGCUGUGACACGCUCUUACUACAGAGGUGCUGCGGGAGCCCUGAUGGUUUAUGACAUUACUAGGAGAUCAACUUACAACCACCUAAGUAGUUGGCUCACAGAUACACGAAAUCUGACAAAUCCCAGUACUGUAAUAUUUCUUAUCGGAAAUAAAUCAGACUUGGAUGGUCAAAGGGAUGUUACUUAUGAGGAGGCAAAACAGUUUGCUGAUGAGAAUGGACUGAUGUUUGUUGAAGCUAGUGCUAAAACGGGUCAGAAUGUUGAGGAGGCAUUUUUAGAGACUGCCAAAAAGAUAUAUCAAAGUAUUCAAGAUGGGCGCCUGGACCUCAACGCCGCGGAGUCGGGCGUGCAGCACAAGCCCGCGUCGCCGGGCCGCCCGCUGGCCGCGCCGCCCGCCGCGCGCGACCCCUGCGCCUGCUAGCUGCCAGCUGCGGCUCCCCUGCACCUAUCACAGCGAAGCGACCUAUGUGUAUCAGCGUACAUACUUAGCGAAAGUGACCCAUCAAAUUAUCAAUGAGUUUAUCACUUUUCCUAGCUAUUAUGGUAUAUGUAUAUUUUAUAGUAGCAUUUAAUUGAUGUAAUUGUUUGUUUCUUUUAAAAAAUCGAGUAAAUUAUACAAUAUGUAAGGAAAGGUACUAAUGUUUGUUGUACAGAAUAUUCAUAUUUAUAUCAUUUAUUCAACAUUAUGAUAGACAAAACGUUAAAACGACAAAACUGAGCAUACAUAUCUUCAUUGUUUUAUUACAAUGGAUAUUUUUGCUUUUCUUUUGUAAAAAACGUAAACUAAGCAUCUUAGAAAAGCCGGGCGCUGCUAUCAACAGUCACUGCUGUCACUUUCUUAUUUCCUCAUUUGCAGGAAAUGAGUAGAAAUAGCAAAAAAUAUUUUCAUUUUAUAAAUAAUUUAAUACUAAUAUAUGUUAUAAAUACGAAAGUAUGGAUAUUUGUUACUGAAUCCUACCACAAGGUAACAGAUCAGUGGUGCUAACUUGCAACCAAUAUUCAACAAAAAAUCAAAUUUUAUGAAAUUUUGCAUAGAGAUAAUCAUACUCUGAAAUAGCAGAUAGGCUAAAUAUCAUCUUUUUGCAUCUUCGUGGAUUUAAUUGUAAGGCACAGCUAGUAAUUAUCAAUUUGAUUAUUAUUAUUGAAGAGUUACCCCAAUAUUAGAUUAUAAUGUGUAUAAAUUUAUGAAAUGCAACUGCAGAGGAAAACAAGCGUUUUUCUUACAUAUUGUAUAUCUAUAUGAUUGAAAUGUAAUAUAGUAUAUUUUUAUUGCUUUACGUUAUCCAGUCUUAUAUUGUUGGUGUGACUUAAUUAUUGCCUAUUUAUUAAUCGAAAUAAACUACGCAAAAAUAUGAACUGAUUUAGAAUUUGAAGAGUAUUUCUUUAAAUUCUAUAUCAAUUCAUAUUUUUACGUCAAUUUGUAUAGGAUUUGUUGUUAAAUACGUAAUCUAACCGCUUUAGGUAAAAAUUGGGCUUACCACCGCGCUUUCCAAAUGCUGAACCAAAUCAAGCUGUUUAUAAGUUUUUUGGCAGCUAUGCUAAAUUAAAUACAUUGUUGCAAUCAUAUGGUAUCAAUAAUAACCUGUGCUGCAAAUUUGUAUGUAGGAGCGGUUGUUAAAAAGUAGUCAAAAGUGCAACAGCUAGCCAAGAACAUAACUAUUACUGUUUAUACCACGACAGUAUAUUAUUCAAGACUAGUCCGCGCCUUCGACUUCUUGAAUAUUUAGGUACUUUCAGAUGGAAAUUCAGUUUUUCAUAAAUUUCGCGGGAAUGGGAAGAGGGAAGAAGUAACCGGUGUUUUGGUUCGUAGUAUGUAAAUAACUGCAAGCAUUUGAGUAAACAGUUAUGCCAUUAUGAAAUCACUGAUUUUUUUUAUAAAUAAUGAUGCAAAGGAACCAUAAAAAUAGCCUUUGGCUUUGGAGUGGUACAAUUGAAUUUUGGGUAUUGAUGGAUAUGUAGUUACAACACAAAACUUGUGUUCUCUUGACCCAUUUAUUGAAGCUUUUUUUUUUUCGCGCCUCGCGGUUUCGCCUGCUUAGUUACCGUUUCUGAAAGCAUAAAAGAAUAAAAUGUAGCUGUUAAAAUGUUACUCGGUGAAGACUAUAGGUAGCUAGAAAGCUAGGUAGGUAGCUUUCUAAUGUUGAAAGAAUUUAAAAAGUCGGUCGAGUGCUUUUUGAGUUAAAUCGUAACAAACAAAGAAAUAAUCAAAUCCUCAAUAUAAUAGUCUUGUAAUGAAAUAUUUUUAUUCCCCAUAUCUAUUUUGAUUUGUGACAAGUUCGACGUUUGCAUAUUCCUGUUCUGUUUUGUUGGAAUGGGAUUUCGGUCUAAAUAAAGAGAGAUUUAAACAAAUAAUACCUAAAUAUCGUCUACAAUUUCGAGUUGUGUGUUCAGGAAGAGUAAAAACUAAAUGUAUUAUGGAAUUAAAGACAAAAUUGUGCAUGUGCGCGCUCAGUGUUGUAGCCUAUUAUUCGGAUCACUUUUUGCGGUGAUUUUGUAAGGAUAUAACCUGUAGUAGUAAAUUAUCAUUGGUAAAGACUAACACUGAACAGUUAAAAUGUAGAUACCUACAAUCAAUCCGUUCUGACAACGAUAUUAUAUCAAGGAUGCGUUGUCUGCCACUGGAUCGGUAUUAUAAACGGUACAAAACCUCACAUUUUGUCGAAACAAAAAAAGUUUAGCGUCGAUUUUCUUGCCGGCUCUUCACAGUAGAGGUGCUUUGCAAACCGGCGGUAGUCUAAACAUGACGUUUCAAAUGCGUUUGUAAUUUGGUCUGAGGUUCGUUAACUGGGUCUACAAUAAACAUAUUUUGAAUUCGGAAAACUGACAAAUAUUUCAUUGUUGAGUUUGGAAAAGUGACAAAUAUUUAAUUGCAAAUAAUACGUUUCUUUUCUCAGUUUGAUGUGACCAUGUUUCACUAAAGCCGGAUUUAUAUUUGUCUGACGUAUCGUGUCGUGACGCAUCAGAACAGAAUUAUAUAUUUUACACGGCAACGUUUACACUUAGAUUUUGUGACAUGUCGUGAUGGCUUCUUAUGUACCGCAUACAAAAUGCAUGAUACCGAUUCUGUUCUGAUGCGUUACGACACGACACGUCAGACAAAUAUAAAUUCACCUUUUUCUUAUAACGUACUUGACUUAUCAUAUUUAUUAUUAUUGGUGGAUGAAGUAAUUUUGACACUGGUUGGACACAUUUGAACAUCUUGUUGCAAUGAUUGUCAAUAAUUGUACAUAAUAAUAGAUAUGUCCGUUUGCUAUUUUAUUCAUUAUUGUUUAUAUGCAAUUGUUUUUUUAAAGGGUGCACUAUAAUCUCAUUUAUAGUAUGCGCCAAACUUCGAGUCUGUUCUGACGUACCUACGCCGAAUUGCGCAGCUAUUAUGACCUCGCUGGGAUAUGUUUGCAGCCAUACGCCCCGUGUCUAGAGCAGGCUCGAAGAUUGGAGCAUACUAUACCUACAUUCCACACUUAAAUUGGGGUUUGCUAAAACACAUUUUGUUGUAAUAAUUAUAUACUAGUGUUUAAAUAUAUAUAAACGUGUAAGUUAAAAGAAAUUAAGAUUUUAAAAAUUUAAAAAGAAAGUAUGUAAUAUAAUUUGUAACACUAUUUUCUGUUUAUUAAAAUAUUAGAUUAAU